AUGGAUGCCACGCGUGCAUUGUUGGACUCCCUGAUGGGCAAGGACCGGAAUUCAGCUCCAGAUGCCAAAGACCGACAAAGCUUCAAGGAUCCGGAUGUCUGCAAGCACUACUUGGUGGGCGACUGUCCGCAUGAAAUGUGGGUGAACCAGGAGGGCAAAGCUUCCCCAAACAGCCCCGUGGGUGCUUGCAAGAAACAACACUCCGAGGCGAUGCGUGUUCGACUAAGAGAUGACAAGGACUAUGUAACGUACAGGUGGCGCUACCUGGAAGACUUGAGAGCCAUCUUGCAAAAGCUAGUCGAUGAGAACAACAAAAAGGCUCAGAAGGUGAAGGAAAAGCUCAAUGAAGGAGUCACAUGCACAGCUGACACUCACAAGGCGGUGGAAGGAAAGUUGUCUGCCAAAGAAACCUUAGCCCAAGAGAUCAUUGAGGCAGCAGAGAAGAUGGCGGAGGAGGGCAAGGUGGAUGCCAGUAAGCAGAAGCUCGAAGAGGCAGACAAGCUGGCACACCAGAAGUUUCGCCUAACACGGCUCAAGGAGGUGGCUGAUGGCUGGAUGGACGAAUGCUGUGAUGUGUGUGGCUCGCAGAUAUCCUGGCGUGCUGUCGAGGAGCUGGAGGCACGGUCCAAAGGACGAGACCAUCCCCAUGUUCCUGGUGCCUGGCAUCAGGGUUGGAAACGUUGUCGUGAAGCGCUUCGGAAGGUGACUGAGGAGGCCCAGCAGGCUAAAGAGGCUUGCCGUGGCCUCGAUGUCGGCGUGGCGCUUGACGGUGACGAGGCUCAAAAUGGAGGUCGUGGCAAAGACCGCGACCGAGGACGAGAGAAAGCCAAGGCAAAUCGCAAGUCGGGGAGCUCUUCUGGAGCACGGAAGAGGAAGGAUCGUUCCCGGAGAAGCGAGAGGAGAAAGCGCUCCUCUGAAAGCUCACGAAGACACAAGCGCAAACGCAGCCCUUCCAGAAAAGGAAAGAAGCGAAGGAGAAGCCGAAGCAGAUGA